AUGAACAGGAACAUGACAGUGUUGCAAAAAAUUUUGUGUUUGAUUUUGAUUGUCCUGGCCAUUGUUUUGACAAUCGAGGCUAAAAAAGACGCAAAGAAAAAUACUAAGAAGGAGAAAGAAUGUGGAGAAUGGAUGUAUGAAGCGUGUCAGCUCACUAAUAAGACAGCUUCAUGCGGAGUAGGUAAGCAGGUGGCACAUCGAAAUGGAACUUGCAAAAAACUGACCAAGGAAGUUUCUUGCAAGAUUAAAUGUCCGAAACCUCCGUCCAAAAAAUGCAAAUAUGGAAAUGCGAUAAUUUCAGCGGAUUCGCAGUGUAAUCCAACAACAAAUACAAUUCCAGCUGUCAAGAAUUUACUGAGUGGUGGACCUGCUUGUCAGCAAUCAAUCUCUAUCAAUAAAAAAUGCAAAGUUGCAAAAGCCAAAGAUAAAUCCAAAAAGAACAAAAAAGUGAACAAAGAAAAUGUGAAAAAAGAUGCCAAAGAAAGUAAAGCCAAAGUUGAUAAAAGCAUAAAACGAUCCAAAGAAGAUAAGUCCCAUGACAAAAAACACUCAAAAGCCAAUAAAAAAUUGGAAGAGAAAAUGAAGCACCAGGGUGGAAAGAAACUAGUUCCCAUGAAAAUUGACAUCCCGAACAAAUCAAUAUCUUCUGUCCAAUGA